ACGCUGCUGAUGGCUCAUGCCCUGAGACGGAUCCUCUACUCCACGUGGAGGCCCACAGACUGUCAGUUUGCCUUUGUGUCACGAAAUCCACGCAGCCCAGCUAGCAAGCUCUUCUGCCACCUCUUUGUGGGGAGCCAACCUGGAGAGGUCCAGAUCUUGCACCUGCUUCUGUGCCGCUCGUUCCAGCUCUACUACCUCCUCAUGCACCCCGAGGAGCAGGCCAAGCCCCCUACUAGCCCUGCCCCGGGGGAGCCAGGGAGGCUGCUAGGAGUGCCCCUGGGGGCCGGAGUGGUGAGAGAGCCACUCAAUCCAGAGGAGGUUUCCCAGAAUGUCAACGCGCUGGUGUCCUUCCGCAGGCUCCCCUGUCCCACCGACUCGGGCUCCUUGGGCAGCGUGGAGAGGAGACUGGAACUGGAGGAGAGGGAGGAUGUGGGGAGCUCUCGCCCAUGGAAUCCAUACUGCUCCCCGAUCCUGGUGCGCAAGAAGGCAAUUCGCAGCAAGGUCAUCCGCUCGGGGGCUUAUCGGGACUGCAGCUAUGAGGUCCAGCUUCAUCAGUCUGCCCGGGAAAUGUUUCACACAGGCUGGGAUAACAAGGGUGGCAAGAGUAACUUGGUUUACCUGACAGAAAAUGAGAGCAUCCUGAUGGAGAACACCUGGUCUUUUGCUGGGAUUGCCAGGGACUGUGGGAUCACGCUCCUGAGGAAAGACGUUCUAGGAGCCUUCCUCCUUCGAGCAGAGCCAGGAUCAGCCAAUCAGUGGUGCCUGUCAGUGAGAACACAGUGCGGUGUCAUCCCUUACAACAUCUUCAAAAACCAUCAGGGGAAGUACUGCGUGGAGCAUUUGAACGCCGAGUUCCCCUGCAUGGAGGCGCUGUUGGAACAUUACUCCGGGAUCCAAGGGGGGUUUUUCUGCUGUCUGACUGCAGGCCGCAUGAACCACUGCUACGAAGAGCAAGACUGUGCUGUGGAGAAUGGCUGGAGGGAGGAGUUGAGUCCGCGACCGACCCAGUGGGUUUGCAGCCCCAGCAAAUCUCCAGUAGUCCAACAGGAGCUCGGCUAAUGUUUGCUCAGGGCUUUGAGACGUUUCUGGCAGAUGCGUGGAAUUGUGCUAACUCAGCCCCACUGUCCAAGCUGCCCUUCAAGGUCCUUCA